GCUCUUGACAACAUUUCGUGGGGAAAGUGUGACAUUAGAGCAGCUGCCGCUAGUUAAUCACUGCACACCGCCUGGUGCUCAAAGCUAACGUUAGCUCAGAUUAUCAGCAGCAGACUGAAUAUGUCACUAGCCUGCUAUCUUAAGGUGUAAACGUCUUCCUGAGAGGACGUCGUGGCAGAUAAUUAGGAAGUCGGGGGUUUCCACACUUUGUCAAGCAGAGGUAUCUUAAAAUAAAAACGUGUUGUCGGUCUGUGUGCCCGUUAGCUCACGAUAGCUCGGAUGCUAGUGCUCUGUGAGCUAGCGUUAGCCGACGUUAGCUCACAUUCUCACCAGUCAGCCGUUAGUUCAGUCACACUAACGGUCACAGUCGGUAACGGUCAGUCCGUGAAGUAAAAACAACAAUAAUAAUAUGUAUAAUAUGUAACAUGUUUACUGUCAGACGGGACUCGGUGGUGAUUAGCAUUAGCAGUCCAACACUUCAUUUAUUAUGUGAGGAGCUAACAGGAGCUAACAGGAGCUAACGACUGAAGAGGGACAGCUGCUCACCGCCCGCUUCACACAAUGGACCUGAUCUUUAACAUUGUUCAGCACCGAAGUGUUACGGUGGAAAAGUCUCCGGGUUGCUUUAGGUUCGGGUUCUUCAUCUUUAUUAAAUUCAAGCAGCACAAGUGCAUUAAAGAACACACUGGGGCAGAUGUUAAAUGGAACAACAAUGUCCCACUCCCCUGACAAUGAGGAUGGAUGCUUUGUUGCCAUGGAUACGGAGGACGACGGCGCAGAGCCUGCUGGGAUAGCAGAGGAAGCGGAGGGAAAGAUGGGGUCCUGCCGACAAGAGGGGGACGCGGACAGCGGUGCCAAAGGGGGGAGGACGAUGGUGGAGUUGCCAGAGGAAGUUCUCGAAUACAUUCUGUCCUUUCUGUCACCGUACCAGGAGCACAAGACCGCCGCGCUUGUAUGUAAGCAGUGGUAUCGCCUCAUUAAAGGUGUUGCUUAUCAGUGCUACCACGGUUUCUUGAGAGCUGUCCAGGAGGGAAACAUCCAGUGGGAAAGUCGCACGUACCCAUAUCCAGGAACCCCCAUCACGCAGCGCUUCUCGCACAGUGCAUGUUAUUAUGACUCAAACCAGUCCAUGUAUGUGUUCGGGGGUUGCACUCAGAGUAGCUGCAAUGCUGCCUUCAACGAUCUAUGGAGACUUGACCUCAACAGCAAGGAGUGGAUCCGCCCUUUAGCCUCAGGCUCUUAUCCAUCUCCUAAAGCUGGAGCAACUCUAGUGAUGCACAAAGAUCUGUUGGUGCUGUUUGGGGGAUGGACUCGCCCCAGCCCUUAUCCACUGCACCAACCUGAAAGGUUUUUUGAUGAAAUCCACACCUACUCUCCUUCAAAGAACUGGUGGAACUGUAUAGUAACAACACAUGGACCUCCACCCAUGGCUGGCCACUCUUCCUCUGUAAUUGGAAACACAAUGGUGGUGUUUGGGGGAUCACUAGGAGCACGUCAAAUGAGUAAUGAAGUCUGGGUUCUGGAUCUGGAGCAGUGGUCCUGGUCCAAACCACCAAUAUCUGGCCCAUCACCCCACCCACGAGGAGGCCAAUCACAGAUUGUGAUUGACGAUCAGACGUUGCUCAUCUUGGGAGGUUGUGGAGGCCCCAAUGCACUCCUUAAAGAUGCCUGGCUCCUCCACAUGGAUUCUCCACCAUGGAGGUGGCAGCAGCUGCAAGUGGAAAACGAGGACCACGGGGCCCCGGAGCUGUGGUGUCACCCAGCGUGUAGAGUGGGUCAGUGUGUGGUGGUUUUCUCACAGGCUCCAUCUGGCCGUGCACCGCUCAGCCCAAGUCUGAAUUCUCGGCCCUCCCCCAUAAGUGCCACACCUGCCCCUCUGGGCCCCGAACCGCCUUCCCUGCGCUCUCAGUCUCCCGUUCGGAGCGGGGCCGCUGGUGUUGUCCUAGGAGCUGUUGAAGAGGCUCCGUGUGUAAACGGUCGAUGGGGCACGCUGAGACCUCGGCCUUCAGCGAGAGGAAGUGCCAGAGAUGGGAGCCCGUCUUCAUCCCAACAACCAUCUCCUUCACAAGGCCCAGACAGCCCUCCUCUUCCUCCACUUCCCCCGUUAUUAAAUGGAUCCUCCCCUUCACCCCGGACCAGCCCGGCCCAGGCUGCAUCUCCCCCCUCUCGCCCUCACCUUCCUGCCUCCACAGACUAUGACUGGGAGUCUCCCCCUUCUGCCGCUCACCACCCCGAGGUGCCCAGCACUAACGGCCUGCACACACCUCCUGCAGGCUCCCCGCGCACUCCCCCAGGAGCAGUGUCCCCCGCUGCCUUAAGACGAGGUCUGGAGGCAGUGAAAAACAAAUCUUCCUCAUCUUUACCAUCGUCAUCGUCUUCCCUUCAGACACAGGGGCCUUCUCCGGGAGGAGGAAGUGGUGGAGGAGCGGGUCCUCCUGGAACCCCUCCAUCCUCCUCCUCCAGCCCUCCGCAGGCUGCUGGAGCUGACGGACACGCUAUACCACCUAUUGCACGGCGUCUUGGCCAUCACCCACCGCAGAGCCUGAACGUAGGGAAACCUCUGUACCAGUCUCUCAACUGCAAGCCCAUGCAGAUGUACGUGUUGGAUGUGUCCCGGGCCAAAUCUGCCGGGGUGGUGUCCUGGAGAGUUUAUGGGAACGGGACUCCCGCUGCGGUCACAGGGCCACCUGAGACCAGCCUUCACACAGUGGUACAGGGAAGGGGGGAGCUCAUCAUUUUUGGGGGCCUCAUGGACAAAAAACAGAAUGUGAAGUACUACCCUAAAACCAACGCCUUGUACUUUGUCCGUGCUAAAAGGUAAUGCAGCUCCAGGCAGGAUUGGGAAGACAAGACACUCCACCCUGUGACCACAAGGGAACUGACACACAAGGCCUUUGUCCUAUAGAGAGGAUUAUGGGAAAAGAACAUAAUCAUUGUUAGAUGUUCCACUUCAGAAAUUCACUAUUCCCCCGUCUGCCUAAAGCAAGCAUU